AUGCGUGCCCGUGUGUGUCUGUGCGUGGGGGAUGUGCAUCACCUCUCUCUGCCCUGCUCACAGGUCAGCGCCGUGCGGGUGCAUGUGAACAGCUCUUCCGAGAACCUUGACUACCCGGUCCUGGUCGUGGUGCGUCAGCAGAAAGAGGUGCUGUCCUGGCAGGUUCCACUGCUCUUCCAAGGACUAUACCAGAGGACCUACAACUAUCAGGAAGUGAGCCGCACCUUAUGUCCAUCAGAAGCAACCAAUGAAACAGGACCGCUGGAGCAUCUGAUAUUUGUAGAUAUAGCAUCCAUGGCACCCCUAGGCGCCCAGUACAAACUGCUGGUUACCAGGAUCCAGCACUUCCAGCUACAGACAAAUGUUGCCUUUCACUUCACUGCCAGCCCCUCUCAACCUCAGUAUUUUCUAUACAAAUUUCCUGAAGAUGUGGACUCAGUUAUUAUUAAAGUUGUAUCUAAAGUGGCUUAUCCAUGUUCUGUUGUCUCCGUCCAGAAUAUCAUGUGCCCAGUGUAUGAUCUUGACCACAAUGUGGAAUUUAAUGGUGUCUAUCAGUCCAUGACCAAGAAAGCUGCCAUCACACUACAGAAGAAGGAUUUUCCAGGUGAGCAGUUCUUCGUGGUGUUUGUGAUAAAGCCUGAAGAUUAUGCUUGCGGAGGAUCUUUCUUCAUCCAGGAAAAGAAGAACCAGACCUGGAAUCUACAACGAACAAAGAACCUUAAAGUGACCAUUGUUCCUUCCAUUAAAGAAUCCGUUUUUGUGAAAUCCAUUCUUCUCAGCUUCCUCAUCUUCUUCUCCUUCUAUUUGGGAUGCCUGCUGAUUGCGUUCGUUCAUUAUAUCCGGUUUCAGAGAAAAUCCAUUGAUGGAAGCUUUGGUUCCAAUGAUGGCUCUGGAACUCUGGCGGUGUCACAUCCCAUUGCUGCCAGCACCCCCGAAGGGAGCAGCUAUGGGGCAAUAGAUGAGUCAAGCUCCAGUCCCGGCAGGCAGAUGUCCUCCUCUGAUGGGGGGCAGCCAUACCAGUCAGACUCAGACAGCUCCGUGGAGGAGAGUGACUUCGACACCAUGCCAGACAUUGAGAGUGAUAAGAACGUCAUCCGGACCAAGAUGUUCCUUUACCUGUCAGAUCUGUCCAGGAAGGACCGGAGAAUCAUCAGCAAAAAAUAUAAGAUUUAUUUUUGGAAUAUCAUCACUAUCGCUGUGUUCUAUGCACUACCUGUGAUCCAGCUGGUCAUCACCUACCAGACAGUGGUAAAUGUCACUGGAAACCAGGACAUCUGUUACUACAACUUCCUCUGUGCUCACCCUUUGGGCGUCCUGAGUGCCUUCAAUAACAUUCUCAGUAACCUGGGGCACGUGCUCCUGGGCUUCCUCUUCCUGCUGAUAGUCUUGCGCCGGGACAUUCUCCACCGAAGAGCCCUGGAUGCCAAGGACAUCUUUGCCAAGGAGUAUGGGAUUCCCAAACACUUCGGUCUCUUCUAUGCUAUGGGCAUCGCAUUGAUGAUGGAAGGAGUGCUCAGUGCUUGUUACCACAUCUGCCCUAAUUACUCCAACUUCCAAUUUGACACCUCCUUCAUGUACAUGAUCGCUGGCCUCUGCAUGUUGAAGCUCUACCAGACCCGCCACCCAGACAUCAACGCCAGCGCCUACGCCGCCUACGCCUCCUUCGCCUUGGUCAUCACACUCACGGUGCUCGGAGUGGUGUUUGGGAAAAAUGACGUCUGGUUCUGGGUCAUCUUCUCUGCGAUCCAUAUACUGGCCUCUCUGGCCCUCAGCACCCAGAUCUACUACAUGGGUCGUUUCAAGAUAGAGGUGUCUGACACAGAUCUGGGGAUUUUCCGGAGGGCUGCUAUGGUGCUCUACACGGACUUCAUCCAUCAGUGCAGCCGGCCCCUGUACAUGGACAGAAUGGUGUUGCUCGUCGUGGGGAAUCUGAUUAACUGGUCCUUCGCCCUCUUUGGACUGAUCUACCGGCCCAGGGACUUUGCCUCCUACAUGCUGGGCAUCUUCAUCGGUAACCUGCUGCUCUACCUGGCCUUCUACAUCAUCAUGAAGGUAAGCGAGGCGGCUGGGAGCCGCAGCGCCUGGGCCCGCGCUGAACUGUGGGAAUGCUCGCCCACAUCCAGCCUCACCUUCUUCCAGGGAACCCCAGCUGAGUCCCGGGAGAAGAACCGGGAAUGUGUCCUGCUGGAUUUCUUUGAUGAGCAUGACAUCUGGCACUUCCUCUCUGCCACUGCCCUGUUUUUCUCAUUCUUGGUCUUGUUAACCUUGGAUGAUGACCUGGAUGUGGUUCGGAGGGACCAGAUCCCUGUCUUUUGAGCCUCCAGCAUUAAGAGAGGAGAGAGGGAGCGAUCGAUCUUGGUGCUGUUUCAUGAAAAAUGCAGGGCCUGCAGCAAAGUAACCACUGCCAAAUACUCCACUCCCCCCCUGUGGAGUCAACUCUGAAUAUAUUCACACAGAGAGGAGAGGAGCGGGGGAGAUUCAAACCUGCAAGGGUGGAGGCAGCAGGGAAGCCAGGGCUAUGGACAGAGGCGAGCCCUGAAGUGUCAAGAAGCCCCUGUCCCCUUAUGUCGCAACUCUGAACUAGACAUGAACAACCGCUGCAUCAAGUCAACUCGCUAUCUUGGGGCCCCUCCCACCCUCACCUGGGACCCACCAGCAAUGGUUGAACGAUGCUGCGUCCUUCCCUCCAGCUGCCUCCAUGCCCACCAGAAACUUGAGGUGGGCGCCCUUUGCACUUCUGCAAUGUCUGCUGCUCUAGCCAUCUCAGAGCACCAGCUCCUUGUCCAGGGUCCUGUGCUGAUGUUGGCUCCUCAGAGUCUGGCAGAGGAGUGGACAGAUGUUUUAUCAGCACCAGCUGGGCACCUCCUCAGAAGGACUGCUGUGUGUUUCCCCCAGGUUCCUCACCUCCCUAGAGAGACUCUGGAUUGGGCCUGUCACACUCCUCCUAACAGGUUGCUGGGGCCAGAAUUUGGGUGCUUACCUAUUCCUGGUGUCUUCAUCUCACUGCUGUGUGUUGACCCCAACGCUCAGGCUCUGCCUUCUCCGGAAGGCCCUGUUACCCCACAGACCAGCUCCAAGAUGGAAGGGAAAUGAGAGGACUUUUCUAGCAGCAGGAGGAGCAUGAGAAAUGACCAGCAGGGCUGAGGCGAGUGACAUCAGCAUCAAGCAAACAUGCCUCGCCUUAAGGACUUGGGCUCCUGGAGAAACCCAGCCACGGCAAAAGGGCAUCCUCGUGCCUCCAGUUCACACAGCGCAAUUCUGCGCCCACAUCAGCUUUACGGAAGAAAUGGGUGUUUCACCAGGGACACUGCACUGGGGUCCUGUACACUGACCCAGCCCUGAGCUGUCACUUUCUGCAGAUCAGGGCCUGCAGACUUGCCCCCAGGAGCAACUCUCAGGCCGAUGCAUUUUACUCUAACUCUCUAGUUGCAAAGAGCACAGGACAUUAAGGAUGGCCUUGGUCACACCUGAUUCUCAUUGUCUCCCCGUACGGUGUUGAGAGCUCAGCAUCCCACUUCCCUCCCCACCUGAGAGUCCUACUUUGACCAGGCUCCUUGUUACCUGAGUGGGAUGUAAUCAGAAACUACGCACACAGAUGUGCACACAUGGAUAUAUAUCUGCCUGUGAAGUCACCUCUCACCUCUGCUUUCCUGAUCAUUCAUUAGAGAAAAGGAUCAGCCAUUUAAAAAAUUUUAAAAAACAACUAUUAUCCUUUCUCUAAAAUAUCUGAUAAUGUUCAAAAACAUUAUGGAAGUUUGAAUAGCAAACUUUCCCUGGUUUUAAAAACACAAAGAUGCUUUAAAUGAAAUGUUGUGAUGUGUGUGUGUGUGUGUGUGUUUCCUAAAAUACCCCCAAAUUUGUAAUUGGUCUUCUGUUACUCUUUAUUCCUUAAAAAUUGUUGGCAUUCCACCCUGGAGACAAAAUCCUUGCCUCACUUACAUGAUCGUGGUAUGAUCACAUGAGCUAACACAUACUGGUGAAAGUGUUCUAUAAAAUAAAAACUCGUAAAAAAAUAUAUUGUUGGUUUGCAUAGGCCAUAUGAAGGCCACCUAUUAAAUGGUUGUGUUAGUCUAACAUCUAAAA